AUGUCAUCUUCAACAGUUCCGCUUAUCACCAGUUCACAGGCUAAAACUGCGCGACACCAUAACCUGCAUUUUCUUCACAACAUCAACACAACAUCACCUCCAUCUAUUCAGCAACAACAAAUUCAAACAACAAAUUCGUUCAAAUCUCUUGUAUCAACGAUAUGGUUACAGAGCCGUCAGAGCGUCUCCGGCCGCAAGCUUGAAUACACAUUGGAUAGGUCUCUGAUAGGUCAGUAUCGUUGCUUCAAAUUCUUCAUAUCAUUAUCGUUCCAUCGUGUAUUAGCUUUCCGUUUCCGCAUUGGCAUUCUGUUUCUGUAUGCUGAGAUGAUAAAGAAGAACGGAAAAACGAUUCGAAUUGAAGAAGACAACACAGUAGAGUAG